AGUGUAGAGUAAAAUAAUUAAAGUUUAGUUGAACUUAAUAUUAAUACAUUUUAAUCUACAAGUACAAAAGAAUUAGUACAACUUUUCAAAAUCUCGAUAUUGUUAUUUUGUUUGAAGAUAUGAGAAGUGAUUAGGAAGCUCAAUUCACAAAACUACCUAUUUAGAAAAUUUUUUUGUGGAAUGCUGUGUAGCAGAUAAUUUGAACUGUAUACUGGUCGGUUUUGUUGCAAGUGAAAAUGAUCAAUGUACAAGGUAUUCGUCGUAAUGUUAAAAAUGCUGUUCGAAACUACACUGAUGCUGAAGUGAAAGUGCGAGAAGCCACAUCUAAUGAUCCAUGGGGGCCUUCCAGCACUCUUAUGAGUGAAAUAGCAGACUUGACCUACAAUGUAGUUGCUUUUUCAGAAAUCAUGAAGAUGGUCUGGAAACGUCUCAAUGAUCAUGGGAAAAACUGGAGGCACGUGUAUAAAGCCCUAGUUCUUCUAGAAUAUCUUAUUAAAACAGGUUCAGAAAAGGUUGCCCAGCAGUGUAGAGAAAAUAUAUUUUCUAUUCAGACUCUUAAGGACUUCCAAUACAUAGAAGAAAACAAAGACCAGGGCAUGAAUGUUAGAGAAAAAUCCAAACUUUUAGUUGCAUUGUUAAAGGAUAAUGAAAGAUUAAGCAAUGAAAGGGCACGAGCUCUGAAAGCCAAGGAAAGGCUUGUACAGUCCUCCAGCCAUUCUGGUUCUCUUGAUGCUGAUAUGUGUGUUUCUUCUUCUGGGCGAGACUCAUUUGGUUCACCAGAUGGUGCUAUGUCACCAGGAGAAUUCCCUGGGCAUGUAACAUCUUCAUCAGAGUUGGAAAAUGCAAGACCUCAGACUUCAGGUGAAGAGGAACUUCAACUUCAAUUAGCUCUAGCUAUGAGCAAAGAGGAAGCGGAUCAAGAAGAAAGAAUGAGACAGAAUGAUGAACUACGACUUAAAAUGGCUCUGACAGAGAGUGAAGUAAGCUACAGUCAUACAGACAACACCCAAUCUUCUAAUACAUUCACCACUGUUACUUCAGACCAAUCUGUAAUGGAUGACUUGUUAGGUCUACAAUUGGGUAAUGAAAGUGAGGGUACAUCUUUUGAAAAACCAGAAACAACUGAUCCUUGGGGAAUGCCCAGAACAAUCCAACCAUCACAGAUUGCAGAUCCAUGGGGUUUACCAACUACUCAACCAUUGGUUGAUACAGUUAAUGACCCUUGGAGGCUUCCUGUCUGCUCUGCAUUACAUACAAACAAAGUUCCAGUACCUACUAAUACUCCAGCUACAGCUAAUGAUCCUUGGGGUGGAACACCUGUAGUUUUAUCUGCAGCUACCAAUUCCUGGGGCAGCCAGCCUGUUAUCUCGGACCCUUUUGACAUUUUUGCUCCUGCACCUCCACAGAGAUCAAAGUCAAGCUUAGGAGAACUAGAAGACUUUGAAUUGAGAAAACAAACCUCAGGUUUUGAGAGUUAUAAUAUUGUUCGAGAUGAUCACAGAACAAUGUCUCCUAACCCACUUGAAAUCUUAGAGAUAAGAGGAUCCCACUACUCAGAUCUAGAGCAGCAAAAGGUGAAGGAAGCUAGAAGAACACCAGAAAGCUUCCUAGGACCAAAUGCAAACCUUGUUAACUUGGAUUCAUUAGUAAUUACCAAACAAAUGGAUCAAGCAUCAAGCACUGCUACCAAUCCCUUUGCUGGACAGACCUACAGUAAUCCCUUUGAAGCAUUAAGGGCUCCACCUCCAACAAUUAAUCAACUGAGAAUCCAACAACCUAGGUUUGCUUCGGAGUUAACAGGACCGACAAAUUCACAAUCAGUCCUUCCACUGGAUGGUUUGGCAUCAUCCUCACCUUGGACCCCAACUAAUAAUCCUUUUAUGUAACAGAACAAAUACAUAUUGACCAUUUAGUUGUUCUGGCAAGCAUUCAAGCUUUAGAUAAUUUAUUGUGGUAAAAAAGUAUCAUUUUAUCAUAUAUUGCAUUCCUUGAAAUAUUUCUUUUAAUACUGUUGUGGAAAUAUCUGCAUGUUUUUGAAUUAUCAGCUUUUAUACCAAAACUAUAAUCCUUCACCUGUUGUGCUCAAACUAAGUUUGUUUAGUAGGUGUUUACUUUGAAGUUUAAUUUAUUUUUGUUUGAUUAGAAACUCAGUACUCAGUGUAUAAAGAUGCUUUAUCUUGCAUUUCCUUUUUUAGUCAUACUUUACUGAGUUCAGAUUUUUUAGGUCAUAAUCCAACCAGUUUCAGUAUAUGUAAAAAAAAAAAGUAAAAUUUGGAAGAUGUGAAAUGAAAACGUGUUUAUGACAGAGGAACUUGUAUAUUAAUUUUUAUAAUGUUCCUUAGUAAAAGAAAACAAAGAUUUCAAAGGGAUUAAAACUGUCAAUAACAUAAUAAUGAAUGUUGGUAAUGUAAUGUAAAAUUUUUAAUCAUUCCUCAGUGAUAAACUUUUGAAUCAAAGUUUUUCUGAUUGGAAAUUUUUCUAAAGUAAUCAAAUUAAACGAAUAAUUGUGAAACAUGUGGUAUUGAAAAUGCUGCUAACAUUUAAGCUGACAUAAUUCAAUAAUGUAUAAGUUACAUAAACUGUCUUGAAUGAUGUCAUUAAGUUACUUAAUCACUUAUGAUAAUAGGUAGGCAAACCACAAAUUAUAAGCAUAAGGAAAAGUUUUAUUGAUGGUGUAACAUACUACAUGUUUUAACAGAAUAUUGAGCUGUCUUCCUUAUGCUUAUAAAUCAUUGUUUACCUACCUAUUAUUGUAUUAGCAUAAUGUAUUUCCUUACUCAAGUAUAAUCACUUAUGAUAUAAUUAUGCAAAAGGAAGAUGUUACAUUAGUGCUUUUUGAUACUUUACAUGAUACUUGUAUGAAGUAAGAUAUUAACAGUCACAUAAUUAUAUUAAUAUAAAUCCAUGAUACAA